GUCGACCAACAGCAAAGCAGACACACCGUUUUAUCUCGUUUUCAUCGCCGCUGCUAUUUCAUUUGCUCCGAUCUUCACAACCAAACCCUGAGACUUUCUCUUUUUACCUCCUCAUUUUUCGCAAUGGCAGCGGCGUUUGGAGCUGCGACCGCGUUGGUGGCGGCCGAGAAUACCAACGCUUAUUUGCCGAUUCGCCGCCGGCAUUUACCUCAUACCUCCCAUUCGAACAAGGUGACCCUCCGCCUAUCCACCAGGCCCGGCCUCCGCAUCUACUCCAAGACCGUUCAGCCUGGCCGGAACUCUUCUGCCGUGGUAAGAGCUCAGCUGAAUGAGGUACCUUUUUACUCGUCACUUUCGAUCAAACAACUAUUUUGGAAUUUUCAUUCCUUUGUGGAAAAGCUUUUGGAGCCAUCUGUUGCAUUUAAGGUUGCUGUAGAUGGGUCGCCGGAAAAUGCUGUACAAGCAGAGGGAACUCUUUCGGAAGCCAAGCUGUCAAAUGAGCCAGCUUUGGCAUCAGAAGAAUCACUCUCAGAAUUUAUGAAUCAAGUUGCCAGCCUUGUCAAAAUGGUUGAUUCUAAGGACAUUGUGGAACUGCAACUGAAACAACUUGAUUGUGAAAUCUUAAUACGUAAAAAGGAGGCCUUGCCACCGCCACCUGUUCAAUACGUUCAGGCACAGCCUAAGACUCAGACUGUGAUUACGCCUCCAGUCCCAGUCCCUACAGUGUCUACAGUUCCAACUGCAGCUCCUUCUCCUAAACCAACACCAGCACUUGCACCUCAAGCACUCAAGUCAUCUUGUCCACCUUUUAAAUGCCCCAUGGCAGGAUCCUUCUACCGCAGUCCAGCACCUGGUGAACCGCCAUUUGUCAAGAUUGGGGAUACCGUUAAGAAGGGACAGGUCCUCUGCAUCAUCGAGGCCAUGAAAUUGAUGAAUGAUAUUGAAGCUGAUCAAUCUGGUACAUUAGUUGAGAUCCUAGUAGAAGAUGGGAAGCCUGUCACUGUUGGCACCAUGCCGUUGAAAGGAAACGUAUGGUAG